AUCUCCUCCUGGAAUUGCCAUAUAAAGCGCCGGAGUCUUUAUUCCCAUCGAAUUUUUGCGCACCCAAUCAUCACUCUCUCUUGCUAGGAUCGAUCCUAUCUCGUCAACGAUUGUCGUUUUUACUCUUUAAAACCCUUCAAUCCCCAAACCUCACACUCCAAUUCCACAGAGACCCCAAAUCCACAACGUCAUUGAGAGGGUUUUAAACAAUUAGGGUUUCUCAUAUUCAAAAAAAAAAAACAAUUAGGGUUUCUGCUGGGAAGGAAAGAGAGAAAUUGGAGCAGUGUCUGUACUCGUCAUUCAAUGGAAGCCGCGGCCGGUGGUGUUUCCGCCGCUGCACGUGGUGUAUCUCUGCCGAUGACCUCAUCUCAAGCUUCCCGUAAAGAGUGGCGGGUUGUUUCCGAACAAUCGAUUCGAAAUUCCGGCAACGAGCUAGGGCCAGCGGAUGAGCGACUGAUAUAUGAGGUGCAUCAAGGAAGGGAACCGAUUGGUAUCGAUUUCAGUUCGAUACCAACUGACGGAAGCUUGGACAAUGAUGUAUUGGAGCAAAGACUUCACAGUGUGAUGAGACAGAGGGAGGAGUUGCUACACAUGGAGAUUGAGCUGAAAGCUCGGCUCAUUGCGAGAUUACAGAUUAUGGAGAUGCAGAAUACCUACGAUGCUCAGAUCAAAGAGCAUGCAGAUGCCAAUGUCAAGCUUCAGGAGCAUCUUCAUGAAAGGGAAAACACUCUAAAAGAAUUGGAAAGGAAGAUUGAAGAAAAAGAAAGAGAGCUGAAUGCAAUUAGAUUAGCCAAUGAAGCGGCAUGGGCUAAAGAGGAUCUUCUCAGAGAACAGAACAAAGAACUGGCAACCUUUCGGAGAGAGCGUGACAACUCGGAAGCUGAAAGAGCCCAGCAUCUUAAACAGAUGCACGAUCUUCAGGAACAUAUUCAAGAAAAGGAGAGGCAAUUCAUGGAGUUGCAGGAACAGCAUAGAGUUGCUCAGGAAAAUAUUAUUUUCAAAGAUGAACAAUUAAGGGAGGCCCAAGCUUGGAUUAACCGUGUUCAAGAGAUGGAUGCCUUGCAAUCAACUACUACUCACACAUUACAAGCUGAAUUGCGCGAGCGUACAGAACAAUAUAACCAGCUUUGGCUUGGUUGUCAAAGACAGUUUGUUGAGAUGGAGAGGCUUCACCUACAUACAAUUCAACAGCUCCAACUUGAAUUGGUCAAUGCAAGAGAUUCCCAAACAAAUUCAAAAGAAAUUUCUCAGUUUGCCCAGAACAAUGGAAGCCAACAAGAUGCUAGUGGAAGUGGGGCACUGAAUGGAAAUCCCGGAGGCCUUCUAAAUGGAAAUGCAGAAAACAUUUCGUCUUUCACUUCCCCAGGGAAUUCAUCAACACAGACCGACAAUGUUCAUGGUGCUCCACUCGCCCCUUCGUCCCUUAUGGGAAUGCCUACGUAUCUGCCACCUGGACCAGUGACUGCUCUGCAUCCAUUUGUUAUGCAUCAGCAGGGGGUUCCUCAUUCUGUACCAUCACAUGUUCCUCAAUCUCAUGUUGGACAUUUUCAUUCGGUACCAGCAAUUUCAUCUCUUCAACAUUGGCCAAACCAACAGGCUGUAUCAGAGGGUUCACAGAUGCCCAUUUAUAACCAGUAUCAUUCCUCCCAAAUUGAACAGAACUUGUUGAGAUCAGAUGCUAAUUAUGACUAUGAAGUGCCCGCAAAUGGGCAAGCUCUUCAUUCAGACUAUGUGAAUGGUGCUAUCAGCCAAGGGCUGGAGACUGAUUCUGUGAUUCCAUCAUCUAAUGAUGAAGGACAGGUGAUUGAGUCCAUUGAAAACAGCUAUCUGGCAGUACCCCAACCCCAGCAGAGCUUCCAACAGAUUUCUUCCCAGUUUCAUGAUGCUUUAAGAUUGGGCUCUCUUGAACAGAAUAGUGAGACCAAGGAGAACAACACUUCUAAUCAUGAACUAGAGUCCCAUGGUUUAGCUACAGAACAACCUAGUUCUGCCAAUACAUCACCAUCUGAAGCUCCAAUUUGUCCAGUCAAUAUUGGUGAAACCACAAUAAGCAAUGUCACUAGUGCAAUUCUGCCUGAAGCCAUUUCCUCUACUGGGCAGAAUGACGCAGUUAUAGUGGGAAAGACUGCUGAGACUACUCUUCUUGAUGAAAGAUCAUUAUUGGCUUGCAUUGUUCGCACGAUUCCACCUGGUUGCAGUGGUAGAAUCAGGAUUAGUUCAACGCUUCCAAAUAGGCUUGGCAAAAUGCUUUCACCUCUACAUUGGCAUGAUUACAAGAAGAAGUAUGGAAAGCUUGAUGAGUUUGUCACCAGUCAUCCUGAAUUAUUUGUGAUUGAAGGGGAUUAUAUUCAACUGCGAGAAGGGGCACAAGAAAUCAUUGCAGCUACGACAGCUGUUGCUAAAGUUGCUGCUGCUGCAGCUGCUGUGACUUCUUAUUCAUCAUUGUUGCCUUCUGUUGCUGUCACUCCUAUGGCUCAGUCUCACCGAAUGAAGAAGGCCCCUUCCACUGAUUCCAACUCUGGGGCCCCCAGACCUGCCAAUGCUACUGAUAAUCUUUCACAGAUCUCAGCAAUACAGAAUCAGCAUCUUAAUGGUGUUUCAUUUAAUGUUGGUGGAGGUGUUUCCACUGUAAAAAUUUUGAGCAAACCUAAAGAUCAUAUGGAACUGAUUGGCCCCAGGCCUGGCCAUUCAUCUGUACCCUUGACAGUUGGAAAUGGACCGAAUUCUGACAGAUCCAAUUUUGGAAGUUCUGAAAGCAAGGGUUUAAUUCAUGGGCGACCUAGCACAAAUUUUAUUGGGAAGCAGCAGGGCAGGACAAUGGGGGCAGGAUCGAGUUCUAGAAGAUAGUAAGUCUCACUAAUUGUAUUGCAGAAGUUGAUUUGUUUUCAAGACAUGCAUGUCAAGCAGCUUUCUGCUUCUGUUUCUUACUCAGAAAAUUUGUAUGCAUACUUUACUAUGUCUGACUGGAGCAGAUAAUUGUCCAGUUUUGUGCUUUGCUCUCCAAAUAUUGACUGAAAAAUGUGAAUUUCCUGUACUCAAUAUAUAACGAACCACCUUGUAAAGGCUUAUAUUUUUUCUGAGAUGCUAUAUCCAUACCUUACUCUUUGCGACUUCAAUUAUGAAUUUGUACACCCGUUUGCUUUGAUCUUAUCAUUGCAUUUACAUUUCACAUACUCAUUAUGAAAUAGGGUAUUUGGAAUUACUCGGCACUGAGAUAAGCAUAUACUCGAUGUGCUUUAGCUGCUAAAUUGGGUCAAACAUGGAGAUAACAAGCUGUCUUGCACAGCUUUUUAGGAUUGCUGAUCUACAUUUACAGGUAGAAUAGGAGUUAUGUUCUAAAAGUUUGUUAGAAUUAUAGUGGAAAAUGUCGCCAAAGACAUGCUUCUCAUCCUAGUAUCCUGAGGGAGUGGUGAACCUGAACAUCAUAUAUCAGGAAGACAUGAAGAAAAUAAAUAGUCUAAAAGCAGUAUCUGUCUGGGUCUAUAUUCCAUGCAAAUCUCAUUUUCUUAGUACAGGGAUGUUCCAAACUUAGAAAAUAAGGCCUGUAGAGGGCUAAAUUUUUAACUCAGUGGAUCAGAUUAUUGCUUAAUAGUUUCUUUUUCUUGAUUUAUUAUGGGUUGAUUAUUUAUUUUUAUUUUUUUGCUCUUCAAUUGCCCUAAUAAUCUUUCAUCUUUUGGUUUUGGCAGGACACAUUUUGAACCGUUUUACCAAAAUAUUUGUGCACUAAAGUGCAGACCAGUCGAAUUGGGAUGAUGACAACAAUUCAGGGGACAAUUUUCCUUCAAAAUUUAAAUCUCCGUAGUCUUUUGCGUGUUACAGAAAUCUCUUAUUGGAACUUUUGACCAAUUUCUAUUGUUUCACUUUAUUGGAAAAACUGUUCAUUCGUGUGGGUAUGUUGGCAGACUAAACAAUACAUCCAAUUUCUUGCAGUUAUCUGUUGCGUACAGUUGCAUUUAUGCAUCCGGCUGCUCUUGUGUGUUAGUUCUGAAUUAUUUGGAAGGAAAUAGUGAUUUCGCCAAGUGCACUUGUG